GAGAAAGUUGGCGCGAGGAGAGGAAGCAGGACCAGGGACGUAUUCGCUGUAGAAGUGUUUUAUCGUUAUACAAUUCAGUUUUCGAUUCAGAUUAAUAUUAGCGCAAAUAUGACCGUCAGAUUGUCAGAGGGGGCAAUAGAGUCUCUGACUAAAGGAGCUGAUGUCAGCAACCCCGUUCUUCAGGUGUUGAAUAUUCGCAAGAUUGAUGGAGGAAAUGGCUUGUCCCGCUUCCGUCUCAUGAUGAGCGAUGGACUUCACACUAUGUCCUCGUUCAUGCUCUCCACACAGCUGAAUCCCAUGGCUGAGCAGAACCAGUUGGCACCCAACUGUGUCUGUUCGCUGAAAAAGAGUGUCACCAAUGUCCUCAAGGAUGGACGCCGUGUGGUGGUUAUUCUGGACAUGGAGGUGGUCAAGUCUGCUGACCAGAUGCCAGGAAAAAUAGGAGAUCCAACUCCUUUUGUUGAGGGUCAGUCAAAGGCUUCACAGUCCACAACUCCAGCUCCAACUGUACGGCCAUUACAGACUCAGAAUGGAAGUGAUGGUUCAAUGAACAGGACCCCUGCUCUGAUCUUUGGGAAAAAGCCCAUGGCUGCUCCAGGCACUCCUGGAGGUACCUCCAAAGUAGUGCCCAUUGCGAGCCUCAACCCUUACCAGUCAAAAUGGACUAUCAGAGCCAGAGUCACCAACAAGAGUGGCAUCCGCACAUGGAGUAACUCCAGGGGGGAUGGCAAGCUCUUCUCCAUGGAGCUUGUGGAUGAGAGUGGAGAGAUCAGAGCGACUGGAUUUAAUCAGGAGGUGGAAAAAUUCUACACCCUUAUUGAGCAGGGAAAAGUCUACUACAUCUCCAAAGGCACCCUGAAGAUCGCCAACAAGCAGUUUUCGUCUCUGAAGAAUGACUAUGAGAUGACCCUCAACGGCGAGACGAGCAUCAUCCCUUGUGAGGACAGUCACGAUGUACCCAUGUUGCAGUGCGACUUUAUCUCCAUCGCUGACCUUGAGUCUCGGGAAAAGGAUACCAUCGUAGAUGUGAUUGGAGUGUGUAAAACCGUGGAGGAUAUGACACGCAUCAUGACCAAGAACAGUAGAGAGGUGUCUAAGAGGAACAUCCAACUGAUGGACAUGUCCGGCAGAGUCAUCCAGGUCACCAUGUGGGGAAAUGAAGCAGAGACAUUUGAUGGCACUGGGCAACCCAUCCUGGCCAUUAAGGGGGCAAGAUUGUCUGAUUUCGGUGGACGUUCUCUCUCCACUUUGUACAGCAGCACAGUCAUGGUCAAUCCCGACAUUCCUGAGGCAUACAAACUGCGGGGCUGGUAUGACAAGGAAGGACAUGCUAUGGAUGGACAGUCUAUGACUGAGAUGAGAGGACCAGGAGGUGGUGGAAACACAAACUGGAAGACUCUGGCGGAAGUAAAGAAUGAGCACUUAGGCCAUGGAGACAAGGCUGAUUAUUUCUCUUGUGUCGCCACCAUAGUCUACAUUCGUAAAGAGAAUUGCUUGUAUCAGGCGUGUCCCAGUAAAGACUGCAACAAGAAGGUGGUGGACCAGCAAAAUGGCAUGUACCGCUGUGAGAAAUGUGACAAAGAGUUCCCCGACUUCAAAUAUCGGCUCAUGCUUUCGGCCAACGUUGCUGAUUUUGGAGACAACCAAUGGGUGACUUGCUUUCAAGACAGCGCCGAGACCAUCCUGGGCCAAAACGCAGCGUACCUCGGCCAGCUUAAGGACUCUAAUGAGGCUGCGUUUGAUGAAGUCUUCCAGCAUGCAAACUUCAAUACUUUUCUCUUCCGGAACCGAGCGAAGCUGGAAACCUACAAUGAUGAAUCUCGCAUUAAAGUGACAGUGGUGGAGGCCAAGCCAGUGGACCACAGAGAAUACAGCAAGCGUCUGAUCAUCAACAUAAGGAAAAUAGCUGCACAGUAGAAAAACUGCCACAGUCAUAAAGAACAAAUCCCCACUCAAGUAUGGCACUUAUCAUGUGCAUACUGACUGUACUGCCUAUUUGAUUUGUUUUAGUUUUUUAUGAUAGUCUGGACAAUUUUGUAGUAUUUUGGACAUUUAAUUCACAAACUUUGUUUUCAAAAACACUGCAGGAUCAGUUCAACUGAGGUUGGCUUAUUGGAGAGGGCCCAAAAUUGUGUAUUCUUUAGAAACUGCUGACAUGUUUUGUGAUAAAGUGAAGGGAGGGAUUUUAGAGAGCGCUUAGAGAAGUAUAGAUCAGAACACACAGUUCGACUAUGUGAUCUUAGGUUUGCUAGGUAAUGUACAGCCCCUGCUUAGUGUAAGAGUGGCUGGACUGGACCUGCAGACCCUUGAUAAGCCCAUUCACAUUCUAUCAUGUGCCAAAAGUACUUACUAGGCACAUACUGUAUAUAGAUAUACGCUGUAUUUCUCUAAUAUUUCUGUUAUGCAAGUAAUAAAGCUGUUUGUGAACUGGU